UAAUACGCUACGAUCCGACGAGCGAGCGCGUUGGCGGUGAAACCAUGGAAGCUUACUUGACCUGACCAGAGUAGACGCGCUGAAUCUGAAUCUCACUCCAAUCCUCUCCAUAAACGCCGCGAUUCUCUGCAUCAGUAGCAUUUCCGACGUUUCAGCACCGGUUUGUUCAACAAUUGCACCCUCAAUCGCUGUCGGUUCUGCUUCGCUACAGUUGCAGCGUUAGGUGAAAACUAAAAACUAUCGGUGAAUUUCCGAAGCUGCAUUGAUCGGGAAGAGGAGCGGCGGCGGAUGCUGAAAUCGAAGUCCCGAAGGUAGUGAUCCGAUCUGUUUCGAUUCGUUUGUUUCUACUUUUUUUAAAAUUUUUGGUUUUCGAGCGAUCGAUGGGGUCGGAAGGCACGUUUUCCGCUCAAAAGCGAGCGAACGCGCUUCCGACGACGCGCGGACGCGGAACCGCCGGCGGCGGCGGCGGCGGCGUUCAACUUCCUCGAGGGCGGCAGCAGAUCCACAAAACCCUAAACAACAUUAAGAUCACGAUCCUCUGUGGCUUCGUCACUAUUCUCGUUCUCCGAGGCACGAUCGGACUCGGCGGUCUCAUUUCCACCGAAGCCGAGGCCGAGAAUCAGCAUCUCAUCGAAGAAACAAAUCGGAUCCUCGCCGAGAUCCGCUCCGACAAGGAUCCGACGGAUCCGGAUGAUCCGACGGAGGAGUUUUUCAACCCUAACAUGACCUUCUCGUUAGGACCUAAGAUCACAACCUGGAACGAAGACAGAAAGGCAUGGCUGGAGAAGAAUCCCCAAUUUCCCCAAUCUGUUAAUGGAAUCCCUAGAAUUUUGCUAGUGACUGGCUCCCCACCUAACCCCUGUGAUAAUGCAAUUGGGGAUCAUUACUUGCUGAAAGCAGUGAAGAACAAGAUCGACUACUGCAGAAUUCAUGGAAUUGAGAUUAUCUACAACAUGGCACAUUUGGACAAGGAGAUGGCUGGAUAUUGGGCGAAGCUUCCUUUGAUUCGACGCCUGAUGCUGUCGCAUCCGGAACUCGAGUGGAUAUGGUGGAUGGACAGUGAUGCAUUGUUUACAGAUAUGGUGUUCGAGCUUCCGGUGAUGAAGUACAAGGAUUAUAACAUGGUUAUCCAUGGUUAUCCCGACUUGUUGUUUGAUCAGCGUUCAUGGAUCGCGCUGAAUACCGGUAGCUUCUUGAUAAGGAAUUGCCAGUGGUCGUUGGAUUUGUUGGAUGCGUGGGCGCCAAUGGGGCCUAAAGGUCCGGUUCGCGAGGAAGCAGGGAAGGUCUUGACGGCGAAUUUGAAGGGGCGGCCAGCAUUCGAGGCGGAUGAUCAGUCAGCAUUAAUUUACAUGCUGAUUACAGAGAAGGAUAAGUGGAUGGACAAGGUUUUUGUGGAGAAUUCGUUUUAUUUGCACGGAUUUUGGGAGGGUCUUGUGGAUCGGUAUGAGGAGAUGAUUGAAAAGUACCAUCCGGGGUUGGGGGAUGAGCGGUGGCCGUUUGUGACGCAUUUUGUGGGUUGUAAGCCUUGUGGGAGUUACGGGGAUUACCCGGUUGAGAGAUGUUUGAAGAGUAUGGAGAGGGCUUUUAACUUUGCCGACAACCAGGUUCUGAAUUUGUAUGGUUUUAGGCACAGGGGAUUGGUGAGCCCGAAUAUUAAGAGGAUUCGUAAUGAGACUGUUACGCCAUUGGUGUACGUAGAUCAGUUUGAUAUUCGGCAUUUGGCUGAUCAUAGCAGCGGGUCAAAGGUGUAGCCAAUGUGUCGUAUAUGUCACAACGACCCCUAUUUGUAGUGUGUGUGAUUUCGCGACGCGGAGAAACCAAAGAAACUUUGAAUUCAGCAGUGUUAUAGAGAGGGGGAAAGAAACCAAAAAAGGUUCUUGGUAAUUUCUUGUUGUACGUUAUCUUCUUUAUUGUCAUUUUUGUCAAUACCAGCAAGCAAGCAAACAAAAAAAUUCCUAAUUUAUUCUUCAAGGGUGUUACACUCAUAUAUGAUAUAUAUAUAUAUAUAGUCUCUACUUGUAGACUACAUUUUAGGGCAAGUAUAGUAUUAUUUAUUUAUUUAUUUA